AUGGCAGGAAGAAACAACAAUAACAAUGAUCUGAAUGAAGUAUUAAGGAAACUAGUUGCUAUAGCCCAACAGUUAGCUGAAAGGAAUAACAAUCCUGACCCUGCUGGGGAGUUGUUUAAGAAGAUAGCCCAAAGCAAACCUCCUACCUACCAGGGAGAACCUGACCCAACUAUCCUUGAAAUCUGGCUAAGAGAGUUCGUUAAGUUGUUUGUGGCAGUAGCAUGUCCUAAUGAGACCAAAGAACAAGUGAGGGAUAAGUUCUACCCUAUGUUCUUGCAAAAGCAGAAAGCUGAUGAGUUCCUAGAACUUAAUAUGGGAAGUAUGUCGGUGACAGAGUACUACACUAAGUUCAUCGAGUUGUCUAGGUUUGCUGAAGAUAAUGUGGCUACUGAUAGGCAGAAAGCUAGAAGUUUUGAGAGGGGAUUGCCUCUUUCUCUACAAGGAAAGUUGUUAGGGCAAGUGUUUAACAAUUUGGAUGAGUUGUAUGGUAGGGCAGCGCAUUUACAUGCAUUGGAGUUGAAGGAAAAAGAUAAAAAGGCUGAGUUAGAUGCUAGGGAGAAAAGGAAGGAGCCUAUGACCAGUUUCGGACCAUCUGGAAACCAGAAUAACUUUAAGAAGCAAAAGUGUUUACAUCUCAUGGCGGACGACGAGGACCGUAUUUGUGUUGUGGAUGUAGAGGAUGAUGAUGAUGAUUUAUCUGAGGAUGAUGACGAGCUGUAUGAUGUGAACAAGGAGCCUGAUUUGGGUGAGGCAGAAGAUUAG